AUGAAUUUUAAGAAAGAGACUUUAGAACUACUUGGAUAUGAAAAUAUAUAAUGCUCAAUUCCAAAAACUUUACUUGAUAACUUCACUGCUUUUUUUACUGCUUAAUAACAAAAUCCUCUAACAAAUGAAUCUCCUGAAAAUUUUGAGAAUGGUUUGAUAUUUAUGUCAGCUAUAAGUUAAAGUAAUACUCCCUAGGUGUCAGCCCAAUAAUUAAGAUCAGUAUAAUCUAAAAGUUCCAAGGGAAAGAUCAGAACAUUUUUUCCUUAAAAGUGGCCAGUUCAAAAAGCCAACAUGAGUCCAUUUUCAUUUUCAAAAUACUCUCACUUUCAAUCUUUAACAAGUCGAUAUUGGUAUUACUUGGACAAUAGUAAUAAUGUUUAAGGUCCGUUUUCUUGUGUUGAAAUGGAUAACUGGUAUCGAAAAAAUCUCCUUAAUCCUGAUCUGUUGAUAAGCUACAAAUCUCAUGAUCUAACUUCGUUUGUGAAAAUCAAAGAUAUCUUAAAUGAUUCUGAAAAUCCAAAAUGCGAUAAAAUGCUCCGUCAACUAUACAAAAGAGCUUCUAGUGCUAAAAGAAUAAAAAAUAAAAAUUCAAGCACUUCACCUAUGAGUAAGGCAUCAACUGAAAUUUCGUCUAGCAACAACAACAGCUGCUAAAAAUCUAGAUAACCCAUUUGGGGAGUUGAUACCGAUUAUUUUUUAGGCUUCUGAAGCUAUAUCUAAUAAUAAAUAAACAACAUUAAUCAUUUUUAAACAGGAAAAAUAUA